UCCUAUUUGAAUACCACAAAACAAAAUGGAUAAGAAGAGCUCUUCACCAAAUAAUUCAUUUACAAGUGCCAUGACACUUACUGAAGAGGGACUAACCUGCAUUCCCAAGCGUUACAUUCUUCCACCAUCCCUACGCCCCAACGGAACCUUGCCCAACACAUGCUUGCCAAUUGUGGAUCUAUCAUUACUGCAAUACCCUCUUCUUCGGCCACAGAUAAUCCAGCAACUACACCUGGCCUGCAAGGAACUAGGUUUUUUCCAGGUAGUCAACCAUGGAAUCCCAUUAUCAGUCAUGAAAGAUGCAUUGGAUAAUGCAACUGAGUUCUUUGAUUUACCAUAUGAAGAGAAAAUGCAUCUCUUGUCUUCAAAUGUUCAUGACCCCGUAAGGUAUAGUACCAGUCUAAAUGAUGUCAAAGACAAAGUAUACUUUUGGAGAGACUUCCUCAAGCACUAUGCUAAUCCAAUCUCAAAUUGGAUAGAUUUGUGGCCAUCAAAUCCCACAUGUUACAAGGAGAAAAUGGGAAAUUACACAAAGGCAAUACAAAAGUUGCAGGAAGAACUCAUGGAAGUAAUAUUUGAGAGCUUAGAACUAAACCCCAAAUACUUACAUGAAGACAUUGCAGAAGGCUCCCAGGUCAUAGCCGUUAAUUGCUAUCCAACAUGUCCUGAGCCGGAUCUUGCACUAGGCUUGCCACCACACACAGAUUAUUCUUUGAUAUCCAUUAUUCUUCAAAACCAUCAGGGCUUGCAAAUCAUGGAUCGAAAUGAAAAGUGGCAUUCAGUUCCAGUCAUUGAAGGAGGCCUCAUUGUUCUCGUGGGAGAUCACAUGGAAGUAUUGAGCAAUGGUCGAUACAAAGGUGUUGUCCACCGAGCAACAGUUAACUCAGAGAAAAAGCGCCUUUCCAUUGCCAGCCUUCACAGUCUAGCUUUAGGUAAAAAAGUUAGACCUGUCCCAGCGCUUGUCGAUGAACAACAUACCUUGUCCUAUAAAGAAGGAGGAUUCAGUGAUUUCCUUGACUUCAUUUCUGGAGAAGAUAUUGUGAAGGUAAAGUACAUAGAUAAAUUAAAAAUAAAUCCAUGA